UAAAUUUGCAAAGUUUCGCCACGCAGCAUGGGAGAUGCGCCGGCUUCUGAUAUGGACUCAAAUAAACACAGUCCAGAGAGUGAAGUACCGUCCGAAGUGGACCGGCAGCCGUUCGGAGGGCUCCAGUUCCAAGUUUCUGAAGUAGUAGGGAGGCUAGAAGCCGGUGUAAAUGCCCAAGAUGUGGAGGAUGAGGAAAAGAAGCCGGAGACGAGAAAAAUUAGUUCGGGAUUCUUUGAACCAGAAGAAAUGCCAAUGGAUGACAUUUUGAAGGUUUUGGAGGACCUAGUUCUGAAGACUGAUCCUAGUUGUGAUAGUAUGGAGCCUCCGUUAUUGCCGACGGACGCUGUGACGCGGGCAGCUAUUCUGUCUCACAGCAUAUCUGCUUUAUUUGCUAGAUUAGAAAGAAGUCAUGCAGCUAGACUUGGUGCUCAUAUAGCGAGUGAAACAACGCGUUGGAUGGCGCAUAUGUUCAGACUUUCAGAUUACAAUGCAUACUAUCACCAGGAACAAAUGGAAGGUCUCGUUCGAGUCACAAGAAUGCUUCUGCAUCACAGAUACCCUCGGUAUCUCGAAGAUGGAGCAUUGGCGUUUGCGAGUCGACUACCCUCAAUAUACAGUUGUGUUGCCAGCCCACUCGGUGUAGUGCAACAUUUGUGCAGGCAACUUGGUCUACCGCUUGCCUGUGUGCGACCUGUACCUGUUAGUCCUAAUGGUAAAAGUAUGGACCUAGAAGCGUUAGACCGUCUAUGCGAGGAGGACGAAUCCGGCGGUCGCACGCCUCUGCUAGUGCUGGGCGAAGUGGGCGGCCCACCGUUGGGACGCGGCUGCCCACUCGCAGCGCUGGCCGAGUUGUGCGCUCGCAGAAACAUGCACCUGCAUGUCAGAGGACAUGCGCUUGCGUUGCCCGCAGCGUUGGGACGGGAGGAGACAUACAGUAUAGCGGAUUCACUAACAUUAACACCUGGACCCUGGUUCGGUGUUCCUGGUUUACCAACUGUUACAUUCUACAAAAUACCAGAACCAAUUACAAGUAACGAACACUCAAAAGGCGUCAGUGCGACGGGCAGCCGGGAGGGCGCGCUGGCGGCGCUGGCGGGGCUGACGGCGGGCGCGGCGCGGCUGGCGGCGCUGCCGCUGUGGACGUGCGCGCGCGCGGCGGGCGUGGCGCGGCUGGCGCGCCGCCUCGACCGCGCCUUCCGCGCCGCAAGGGCCGCGCGCGCGCUCGUCGCCAGCACCGACCUCAAGCUGCUGAGUGACAGACCGGGAGGAGAUGAACCGCCCAAUGUAGAUUUAGUGGAAGCCAUCAGUCAAGCAUCUGCGUGCGUGGCAUUUCAAUUCGCUCCACCGGACGUAGAGAAACCGCCGCCGUAUUACGAUAAGCUGAAUUCAUGGUUAGGACAAGUCUUACAAAGGGAAGCUGACAUGAUAAGCAUAGAGGUGUGCGAGACCGAGGCGCACGGCGUGGUGCUGCGGUUCUGCCCGCUGGAGGGCGCGCCGGAGGGCGCGGUGGACGCGUGGGGCGCGGCGCUGGACGCGCAGCUGGCCGUGCUGCGCGCCACCGUGGCGCUGCGUGAGCCCUUCCGCCGCCGCGUGGCGCAGCACGCGUCGCUGCGCCUCGUGCGCGUGCCCGGCUGGGCCGGUCUAGGCGGCGUGCGCUACGUGCCCCCCGGGUGGGACCAGGCUCCCCCCGAGGAACUCAAUUCCCUGAACCGACAGCUGGUCGAGACUCUGAGAGCCACGGACGGCGCCUUCUCCUGCGGCGACGGGGAGGACGGGAUGGUUUGUGUCAGGUUCGGUAUGGUGACACCUGACACAGAUGUAGAUGAGCUGCUAGACUUGGUGUUGUCCGCGGGUAAAGACGUCGAGGAGAAUUCGAAACAACUCACCGAUAUGACCGAAGUUUUAAAGAAAGGCAUCAGCGCGGCGCAGGAGGAGCUGGCGCGCGAGGCGUGGCAGGAGGGGCUGCUGCGGCGCGUGCCGGUGGUGGGGCGCGUGGUGUCGUGGUGGGCGCCGCCCGCGCCGCCCGCCGGCCGCCGCCUGCUGCUCACGCACGGCACGCUCCAGACCACCGACGACAUCUACAGGUACUUUCUCUAUCUCACUACAGACUACCACGCCGUCUACAAUUCGUUCAAAAGAAAGAUAAUGAGGAACCAGCGCGUGCGCAUUCACCCACUCGGAACAGACACGAGGAACAAUAGCACUCGUCCCAUACGAUUGGCGCCACGGCCUCCUAUCGCAUCAUGUCACCAAGUCACCAACAAUUACUCUUUACCAUUGUUAAAGGUAAAUGAUACUUUACCAACGAGGUCAAUAUUUUUUAUAGAUUCGUGUGCUUACAAUUUUACUUCGAGAAAAUCUUGUGCUAUUGAAUCAGCGGCCAAAUCGAACCCUAACUGGCAGAUCAACUAUAUAUCAUCUGGCAUGUCUUUGAAAACUAUGGAAAAGCAAACACAAUUUAAGAAAUACAAAAACAUAAAGUUCUGGAAUGCUCCCAUCGAAGAAAUCUCAAAAGGAACUCCUUUAGAGAAAUUAAUAGCUAGUGAUAUUUUUAAAAACUGUUGGAUUGCUCAACGAACUGUGGACGUUAUAAAGUAUUUAAUAUUAGCUAAAUGGAGCGGAAUAUAUAUAGACUUGGAUAUGAUCGUAGUAAGGCCUUUAGGGUCGUUAGCGAGGAAUUGGGUGACUCGAGAAAACUACGAGGAAAUAUCUGAAAGGAUUUUUGGUUUUUCUAAAGACACGGUUGGAAGGUCCGUCGCCGAAUCUGUUGUCAGGACUAUAGAAACAAAUUUUAAAAACUACAAUUUCUGCAACAACGAAAGAAUAAUGAAAGGAAUAUUACAAAAGUUGUGUUCUACGUACGAUGUCAGCAUGAUGUCAUCUGCAAUUUGUAAUGGUUUCGAUGUGUACGGCGCACAGUUCUUCUAUCCUGUAGAAAAACAAAAAGCUCGAGAUUUGUUUACACGAGGAGAAUUAGUAAACCAAAAAGCGUAUACUUACUACCUUUGGGGACAGGAUACCAAAGAUUAUAAAGUGAUGAAAGGCUCACCUUAUACAAAAUUAGCAAAAUUACAUUGCCCUAAUACUUAUAAACUUUAUAAAGACAAUUUCGGUUUGUGAAAUGUAAAUAUUUUAUAUGUAAACUAAAUAAAAGUAAUUUAAACUCUUUGAA